AUGCAGUACACACCCUUUGCCUCAGAUAUUGAGCUGCCUUUCUAUACCUCUCUGGCGUCCCUGAAGAUCAACCAUGACAAGCUAAACGAUGCCCCGAGAAGAGUGUUGGGCUUGUAUGAGAUUCGUCCAUCGGACACACCCGCUGCAUCGUGUCGGAUGCAAAUUUUAGGGAAUUCGCUGGUCAGCGAUACUGUCCCACCUACUUACUAUGGAGCGGAGGGUAUGAUCAAGAACUUCAAUACCGUCGAAGAAUAUAAAAAUGUAGAUAAGAUGCUCAUGCUACAACAAGCGGGAAAGACAGUCUUGGAUGCUAUCAAUGAUGGAUCGAUAUUCUCUACUCCAUCGUUAUUGGCAUCUUUUCUCAUACUUGCAUUCGCCGACCUUAAAAAAUACAAAUUCCAAUAUUGGUUUGCAUUUCCGGCAAUUGUUCCCCAACCGCACUGGGUUCCUGUGCAUCAAGAAAACACAAAACCUGAUGAUCCUGCUGAUGAUCCGUUAUUACCUGGUUCUAGACGAUUGUCUAAUGAGGAAAGCUCAAGACUUGUGGAUGCUGUACAAUAUUGGAAAAGCGGCAUAGAUGCACUCCAGCAUGGUUUUUUCUUAGCACUUCGAAACCCGGAGAAGCUGGGAAGUGAUAUUAGAGCGGGUGAAUAUCUCAGACAAGACUCUGAUGUUGUCAAAGGCGCUAACCCUCAACAUGUAGAUCAAUCUGGAUGGAAAAUUGGUUCACUUGUGGAAUAUGAGAACGGCUUCUUUGAAGGCACCGACCCAAAGGAUCAGUAUAUAUGCUUCGCCGAUCCGUCAAAUUAUCCCAAUGCUCCGGGGUGGAUGCUACGCAAUCUUCUAGUGUUGAUACAGAAUCGGUGGGGGCUUAACAAAGCACAAAUUCUAUGUUACAGAGACACUCAGUCCAGACGUGAUGCAGGGCGAAGUUUAGUGGUACCACUAAGACUAGACAUUGAGCAAGGUCAAACAUCUGUUAAGGGCAGUUUGUCCUCCGAAAAUAUGCCAAAGGUCACCGGCUGGGAGAGGAAUAGUGCGGGAAAGCUUGCUGGGCGUAUAGCUGAUCUCACUGCAUACAUGGACCCCCAAAAGUAUGUUAAAAUUCUCACCCCAUUGAAGAAUAUACUGACAGAUGGUCUCGGUAUAAGGCUGGCCGAUCAGGCUGUGGAUCUGAACUUGAAACUCAUCAAAUGGAGAAUAAGUCCCGGUCUUGACCUCGAGAAGAUCAAGGCAACAAGCUGUCUCUUACUUGGCGCUGGAACGCUAGGAAGCUAUGUCGCGAGGAAUUUACUUGGCUGGGGCGUACGGAAGAUCACAUUUGUUGAUAACGGCUCGGUAUCAUUUUCCAACCCAGUUAGGCAGCCUUUAUUCGAAUUCAAAGACUGCCUAAAUGGAGGAGUGAAAAAGGCACAUCGUGCUGCAGAAGCAUUGAAAGAAAUAUACCCAGGAGUGGUGUCAACCGGCCAUGUGCUUUCUGUCCCCAUGCCAGGUCACCCGGUUCCGGAUACUCAGCAAGCCACGGCUGAUUUCGAACUUCUCAAAAAAUUAGUUGAGGAACAUGAUGCCAUAUUCCUGCUUAUGGAUAGCAGAGAGUCCCGCUGGUUGCCUACUGUAAUGGGGAAAUCCUUAGGUAAGAUUGUAAUGAAUGCUGCUCUAGGAUUCGACACUUUUGUGGUUAUGAGGCACGGGGUCAAGACUGGAAAUUCAAGUGACGCAGAGCUCGGGUGUUACUUUUGCAACGAUGUCGUUGCCCCCAUGGAUUCUAUGAAGGAUCAGACCCUCGAUCAGCAAUGUACAGUGACUCGACCAGGAGUCUCUACAAUCGCAUCAGCGUUGCUAGUGGAACUUUUUGUGUCUAUUUUACAACAUCCUGACGGAGCUUCCGCGCCUGCCUCGGUUUCUGUGGACAGCAGCCGUGGAAACCACCCCCUUGGCCUUGUACCACACCAGAUCAGAGGUUUCCUUUCCAAUUUCACCAAUAUUCCAGUAGCUGGUAGAAGCUAUGAUUGCUGCAGUGCCUGUUCAGACAAAAUCGUAGAUGUCUACAGAAAAGAUGGUUGGCAGUUUGUACAAAAAGCGAUUAAUGACAAAGAAUAUGUAGAAGAGCUAAGUGGUCUGAAAGAGGUGAUUGAUGCGCUGAUCACGGCUCAUGAUAUUGAUGCUGACGAAAUGCACAGGUUCAGCGAAGAGCUGAAGAAGCUGCAGCAGACAUUGAAUGGGAAGACGAUUCUGGUGAAGAGUUUGAUUAAGUUUUCGACCCGCGAAAAUCUUCGAUAA